CCUCGCCUUCGGGUCUCAUGCCUCGACUGCGCCCGGCUCCGCUGCCCACGGCUCGCAGGCUAUAGCCAUGGCCGCCGUAGCUGUCCUCCGGAACGACUCUCUGCAGGCCUUCCUCCAGGACCGCACCCCCUGCGCCUCCCCGGACCUGGGUAAACACUCGCCCCUGGCGCUGCUGGCCGCCACCUGUAGCCGCAUUGGCCAGCCAGGGGCCGCGGCGCCCCCGGACUUCCUGCAGGUGCCCUACGACCCCGCGCUGGGCUCGCCCUCCAGGCUCUUUCACCCUUGGACCGCGGACAUGCCCGCUCACUCGCCGGGCGCGCUGCCGCCCCCGCACCCCAGCCUGGGGCUGACGCCGCAGAAAACGCACCUGCAGCCGUCCUUUGGGGCAGCACACGAGUUGCCGCUCACACCUCCUGCCGACCCCUCGUACCCCUACGAGUUCUCACCGGUCAAGAUGCUGCCCUCGAGCAUGGCGGCACUGCCCGCCAGCUGCGCACCUGCCUACGUGCCCUACGCGGCACAGGCCGCCCUGCCGCCAGGCUACUCCAAUCUGCUCCCACCGCCACCGCCGCCCACGUGCCGCCAGCUGUCCCCCAACCCGGCCCCCGACGACCUCCCGUGGUGGAGCAUCCCGCAGGCGGGCACCGCUCCCGGGACCUCCGGCGUCCCUGGGGGCAGCCUCUCCGGCGCCUGUGCCGGGGGUCCCCACGCGCCCCGCUUCCCCUCUUCAGCGGCCGCCGCGGCCGCCGCCCUGCAGCGGGGUCUGGUGCUGGGCCCGUCGGACUUCGCGCAGUACCAGAGCCAAAUCGCCGCGCUGCUGCAGACCAAGACCCCCCUGGCGGCCACGGCCAGGAGGUGCCGCCGCUGCCGCUGCCCCAACUGCCAGGCGGCGGGCGGCGCCCCGGAGGCAGAGCCGGGCAAGAAGAAGCAGCACGUGUGCCACGUGCCGGGCUGCGGCAAGGUGUACGGCAAGACCUCGCACCUGAAGGCGCACCUGCGCUGGCACACGGGCGAGCGGCCCUUCGUGUGCAACUGGCUCUUCUGCGGCAAGAGCUUCACGCGCUCGGACGAGCUGCAGCGGCACCUGCGGACUCACACGGGCGAGAAGCGCUUCGCCUGCCCCGAGUGCGGCAAGCGCUUCAUGCGCAGCGACCACCUCGCCAAACACGUCAAAACGCACCAGAAUAAGAAGCUCAAAGUUACUGAGGUCGGGGUCAAGCGGGAGGACCCGCGGGACCUGUGAGCAGAAGGGCUCCUCUUUGGGGAGGUAUUAGGGGCAGCCUGUGGACAGGUGGCUGAGCAGGGGAGCUUUGCCCCUUUUUGCUGCUGGCUUCCCACAGCCACGCCAGGCUCCCAGCUUCCCUAGCCCCGGCCUCCUCGGAUGGACCCUGUGCCCAGGAGGAGCAGAAUAGGUAGGGUUGGAAUCUCUGUAUUAAGCAAAGGCAUUUUCAAGCUCUAAACCAUUCCCACCAUCUGGGAGACCCACAGUUUGGAGGGGUCCGCCCUUGGCUGACCUUGUAUAUAGGAAACACUGCUGAGUUUAAGCGGAAGGACCUUGUAAAUCUCAAACAGAGCUCGGGGUUUUGUUUUAUUUGGGCUUUUGUUUUUGUUUUUUACUAUGACCGGGACGGACUUUGUACAGGUUAUUUAAUAGCUUUGUUAAAGAAUAAUUAUAAUAAUUAUAACAUUAAUGAAAAUGUUACUUUUGUCCUCAGCUCCGUGCAGAGGUAAAGCAUGAAAUGUCUCUGUAAAGCGAUAAGUAAUUGCAGCGUGAAAAUAAAUAUGUUAACUCCGGGGUCACCUCGGGAAGACCCCACUGAGCUGGUCUCAUUUGAGCUUUCUUUCUUCUGGGAUGCUUUGCAAAGCUGUCAGGUUUCACUGGGAAUUUGAAGGUUUGUGUAGGUUGUGUCAGAGGCUUCUUUGGUCUGGAAGGUUCUAAGCAAGUGUAUUGGGUGCCUUGGUGGAGAAAGUAGGACAGGGGCAGGACAAGAUUUUCCCAUCACAGCUUGAGACAUGCCACCUUGGGACUUGAUCAGAGACAGUCGGGCUUCUCUUAUAUACCUGAUGCACUUAAACUACACGUUCUUUUAGGGCGGAUACCUGUGGCUUUCCGCUUCCUGAUGUUCUCAGGACAGAGGUCACAAGCGGGCGGCGCUUUCCCCCUCAGCUGGCUGUGUGGGCGGCUGGAAUGGUACUUGGCUCUCAAGGACCUGUUCCCAGAUGUUGGCUUUUUGAAAGUUACAGAAAAACUAGGGGGCCCUAUUCAGGGUGUUCUUUGCUGGUGGAAGAAAAGCGCCAUUCCUGUUUUGCAGACCUUUGGUGAUCUAUACAAUUAUGUCGUCCUUGUUUCUUCUUAAUCACUUCCUCUGGGGUCUUAACAGGUUUGUUUCACCAUAGUCGGUCGCUUAGGGAUUUCUGGCUGAGCCUGGAAGUUACUACCAUUUUGAACCUUGGGUUUUUUUU